AGUCGCAGAAUACCAGUUUGCUUUUCGUGUUCCGUUUUUGUUUAUAUUUUCAAUUUUAUUUCUAACCUCAAAACGUCACGUGUAGCAAUAUUAAUUCUCGAUGACCUUGGUCAAGUUUUACACGGAAAGGCGAACGGUGCAUCAGAGGCAAUAAAAAUUCGCCACCGAAGAUGGAAGUAACGCAAUCCAAUUUCGAGCAACUGCUGCCGGAAAUUGAAAAAGCGAUAAAUGGAUGUUCAUUUUUAAGCGUAGAUUGCGAAUUAACUGGUUUAAAAGUGGCGCUUAACAAUAUAAACGCUUUCGACAGUCCCGAGCAGUAUUACAAAAAAAUUACAAGGGAUUGCAAAGAGUUUUUAGUUAUCCAGUACGGUAUAACUUUAUUCAGAUACGAGAAAGGCGAAAAUCGCUUUAGGCAUCAGAGCUUUAAUUUUUACGUAUUUCGCAGAAACUUGCACAAAUACGUACCCGAUCAGAGAUUUUUAUGUCAGACUUCGAGCAUAGAUUUUUUGAUAGCUAACGGAUUCGAUUUCAACAAAUUGUUUAAAGACGGUAUUUCGUACUUAAACGAUACCGAGGAAAAUGCGUCUAAAAAACUGCUCACCGAGCAACAUGAGAAAAGACUGGCCUUUAUCAACACGAAUGUUGACGAAAACAACGAUAACAUUCCGAUUCCCGAGAGCGCUCAAGUUUUUCUCGACGACGUCGUUCGCAAGUUAGAGGAUUUCUUGGACGGCAAAGAUACGGAGCUCUACUUGCCCAAAUGUAACGCGUUCCUUCGAAAACUAGUCUACCAGGUCAACCGGGAGAAGUUUCGAGAUAAAAUUUCGUUGGAAACCAAAGAAGUGGAAAAGGAACGUGUAUUAUGUGCUACGAGGAUUAAAACGACAGAGGAGAGAGGAAAGGACGAAAAGCGGAAUUUUUCAGACUCCUUAAAUGAAUUGAACCGAUACUUGGGGUUCAGCAAAGUGAUAAGGUUGAUCGUCAAAUCGGGAAAAUUGGUGAUAGGACAUAAUUUCCUCUUGGAUUUUUUGCACACCAUUGAAAAAUUCUUGACUCCUUUGCCAGAGGACUACAAUGACUUCAAGGAAUGCGCCGGCUCAAUGUUCUCGAGAAUAUUGGAUACCAAAUUUAUGUCAAGCUCCGCCCCUUUCAAGUCGCAAAUAAGCACGACAAUUUUGGGAUCCCUGUUGGGCAUCUUGACGGAAGCUCCAUUCGGGCUUCCGAAGACGGAGGUGGAAUCCGGCAAAGUCGGUUAUAGUACCGACAACCCGAAAGAGCAUGAAGCAGGUUACGAUUCGUUUAUCACCGGCCUCUGUUUUCUGGCCAUGUGGCAACAUUUAGGUUUUGUUAGGAAUUGGUCCGACGAAGACAUUUUCGGCGAAUUGGGAUUCGCGCUUCUCAAGCCCUACUUAAACAAGAUUUUCCUGAUGUUUUUGACGGACAACCAGUACCUUCACGUGGCCGGCCACGAUCUGAACCCGUCCCGAGAACACGUUUUCUAUUUGACGUUUCCGAAAGAAUGGAAAACCGACAACAUUGCGCAAUUGUUUAGUCCGUUUGGUUCCGUACAGGUCGCCUGGUUGUCCGAAACAUCGGCUUACGUCGGCCUAUUUAAAAAAGAACACGCCCCGUUCGUGUUGCAAACCCUAUCGAAGGGCGACGUUUUUACGAUCACCACGUUCGCCAGAAGACAGUCGCAAUUAGCCGGCAUUAAAAUUCCUUGUCUGAGUCCUCUAAAAACCAGGAAAUCGUCAGAACCGCCGGGCGCGUGCCGUAAAAGAUGCAAAACCGACAAUUCUGGAGGGGUUAUUCCGAAACGAUCGUUCGAACCCAUAGAAGAAGAAAUGGACGAAUCCGUUUCCGAGACCGAAAACGAGACGAUCCAGUCGAGCAGUUCAGAGGAUGCAAACGAAUCGGAUGAACCUGCGGUGAAGAAAAGGAAGACGUUUGCGGAAUGUGAUUCGUGGGAUUAACCUGUAAACGAAUUGCGCAAUAAAAGACUU